UUUGAUGCUAAUGAAUUCUUUUCCUUAACCACAUAUAUACAUCCCCUCUAUACUUCCCCUCCACUAUAAGUUACAACCACUUCCAUAACAGCCAGAUCAAACAUGUCAAACCCUCAACCGGAUCCUAACACCUUCAUAACCAUCCCCACCCACUCGCGCCGCCGCACUCAACUCUCGGGUUUCCCGGUAGCAAAGCCAAUCCCUCUAGCAAUCUCUAUAGCAGUCGGCCUCAUCGUCUGUUUCGCCAUCCCUAAACCUUCAGAGGUGUCGAAACAGGCGUGGCGACUGUUUGCAAUAUUCCUCACCACCAUCGCCGGGCUCAUCCUGGGCCCGUUGCCAGUGGGCGCAUGGGCAUUCGUGUGUUUAACGAUCACGGUCAUAACCAGAACACUCAAGUUCAAAGAUGCGUUUGCCGCGUUUACCAACGAAGUGAUAUGGUUGAUCGUUGUUUCGUUCUUUUUUAGCCGUGGGUUUGUGAAAACCGGGCUUGGUGAUCGGAUGGCAAUGUACUUUGUCCGGUGGUUGGGGAAGAGUACGUUGGGUUUGGCGUAUGGGUUAGCGAUAUGUGAAGCUAUCAUUUCGCCGGCUAUGCCGAGUACAACCGCGCGAGCCGGCGGGAUAUUUUUGCCGAUUAUUAAUUCGUUGGCGAUUGCUGCUGAAAGUAGGCCGAAAGAUGGUUCGGCGAGGAAGCUUGGUGCAUAUCUUAUUCAAUCUCAAUUUCAGUCGUCUAGCAGCUCGAGUGCUCUAUUCUUGACGGCUGCAGCACAGAACAUGUUGUGCAUCAAACUAGCAGACAGUUUAGGGGUGAAAAUCAAAAGCCCAUGGGUUUCAUGGUUCAAAGCUUCCUGUCUUCCAGCAGUGGCUUCUCUUAUGUUGACUCCAUUCAUCGUAUACAAAAUCUUCCCACCUGAGAUCAAGCACACCGCGGAUGCUCCCGUCUUGGCGAAAAACAAACUCGAAGAAAUGGGCCCGGUAAAGAGGGACGAGUGGAUCAUGUUGGGAACCAUGCUUGUCACGGUUUCGUUAUGGAUUGCCGGCGAAAGUUUGGACAUGUCAAGCGUGAUUGCAGCAAUGCUUGGUUUAUCGGUCCUACUGAUUCUUGGAGUAUUGACUUGGGAUGAUUGCUUAAGCGAAAAAUCAGCUUGGGAUACACUGGCUUGGUUUGCGGUGCUUAUUGGCAUGGCUAGUCAACUAACGACUCUAGGCGUAGUGCCAUGGUUGUCUAAAUGUGUAGCCAGCUUUCUGAAAUCCUUAUCAGUAGGAUGGCCUGUGGAGCUUCUUAUUCUUCAAUCUGUUUAUUUUUUUAUUCAUUAUAUGUUUGCGGGCCAAACAGCGCAUGUUGGUGCACUAUACUCGGCCUUCCUUUCAAUGCACCUAACGGCUAAGGUCCCCAAAACACUUUCUGCCUUGGCUUUGGCAUUCAACACCAAUCUUUUUGGUGCACUUACACAUUACAGUAGUGGUCAGGCUGCUGUGUAUUACGGAGCUGGUUAUGUAAAACUUCCAGAUGUCUUUAAGCUCGGGAUCUUGAUGGCUAUUAUUAACAUAACAAUAUGGGGAGUAAUUGGAACUCCUUGGUGGAAGAUUUUGGGACUUUAUUGAGUCUGAAUGUUAAUUCUUGGAUCCGAAUGUGAUCCUCAUAUGGUUAAUUAGAAAAUGCUUAUAGUAGUUGAAUCUAAUGUAAAUUAUAACCCUUUUGCAUUUAUUUGCUCAUUUUUACUAAAGAUAUGUUGGUUUUGUGAUUCAUGAAAACUUUGAUAUAUCUGAAAAUCGUGUGAAUACUUUUAGAUUGAAUUA